GUCCCAUCCAUCCUCCUCUCCGCCGCCACUAGCUCCACCUGGUCUCCCCCUUCCUCAGGAUCCCCGAUCCAAUCCAUCCACUCCACCCGGCCGACCCGACCACCUCCUCGUUUUGCAUCCCCGACCAACAAGUGCAGCCCCGAGCCUCCCACAACCUCCCGCAACGCUCGAUCCGAUCAGGAUCGAGGCAACUGUCUUCACCCGCCUCUGCUCGUCUCCGCCCCUCCGGCGCCCGCACCCAGCUUCUUCCCCGAGUUCCCCGCUCCCGUGUAUGUCCAGCACCAAGGAGAGGAGCUCCUCGAGCCCUUGAUCCAGCGCGCUGGCACCCAAGCGCCUCCUCACCUUGUCCCUGCGCUAAUAUGCCAGGGAGCACAAGACGUGUCGGCCACCAUGGAUUUUGCAUCGGAGCUCUGUGCCCCUUGCUCUGUUUCGCGCCCCGCCUUGAGCCUCCUCUGCUUCGUCAAGAAGCGGCCAUGGCGACCCUCCAUCUCGAACUCCCGUGCCGCCAAGCCAUGGAAAUGGCCAGAUCCGGUCGGAUGUGGUCCAAUCCCGACGCCGGUCCUCAUCCACGCCCCUGCCUCGCUGACACCCAGCUCACCGGAGCCCCGUUGCUGCGCGGCCAGCCUUCUGCGUCGCCAUGGCCUGCUGUUGCCUCUGGUGGUACCGAGCAGCAGCGGCUCGCUCGUCCCGAACGUUGACUGCGCCUCCAGCGCAUCGAAAAGCAAGGCCCAGCCAACGCCAGGAGGGCCCAGCCUCCUCCGCGGCCUGCCCGCACCACCAACACUGACCUGGGCCUUAGCCCAUGUUCUCGGUAUCGUUUCGAUUGUGAGGAUCCGUUCACUACGUUGGUUCGUCUUCUUCAUGGAUUCGGUCUUCUUCCUAGUGGGAUUUAAGGCAAGAUGAUCGUCACCUUGGAUCUCACUACUAUCUUUGCUAUGCUAGUUGUCUCGAUGCUAUCGCUAUGUCGCGCUACCUACCCCUUGUUUAUCAAGCCUCCCAAAUUGCCAUGAUAGCCUCUAACAUAUCCACCCUUUCUAGCAAACCACUGUUUGGCUAUGUUACUGCUCUGCUCAACUCCUCUUAUAGCGUUGCUAGAUGCAGGUGCAGUUGCAGGUUGUUCCAUGUUGGGACAUGGAUAUCAUGGAUUUCAUGAGAUAUCACAAUAUCUCUUA